UCACAAAAACCACUGAAAUAUCUUCACCGGUUAUAACAAAAAAAUGUAUGUUACAAGGCGUUUGUCGGAAUACCAAAGAAACAGAUCGGAGUUGCCGGAAAGUCCAAACUCCGGCGUACUUAUAAUUCAAGAUGAUGAGUCAAAGCCAACUUGUUGCUUCGGAUCUUGCUACGAGGCUAAACUCAAAGGCUUACCGUUUCCACAGAACGCGAAGCUGAGUGUAUAUGAAAGCCGCACAUUUCUUGAGAAGACCCUUACUCAUCUUCUGUCUCAGUCCAUUACUUAUGUUCCUGUCGAGCCUGUCGUUUUCAUUCCGGUUCUUGAUCAACCGGUAUCUUCAAACCGUUACUAUGCCAUUAAAGGAAGCGGGAAACACUCAGGAGAAGCUUCGGCUAAUGCGAAGGAGGAAGACAGAGUCCCCUGCUGUUUUUGUUUCAGCUAUGUUCCUGAAGCUAAGCCACAAGAAGCAGAUCCUAAUGACAUAUAUCAGCAAUUCCAGAUCCAUCAAAAACGAUCAUCAUCUCGCUGUUACACUGCCACUUCUGUUGCUCCUAACGGGAUACCACCAAAGUUUCUAAAGACAAAGUAUUGGAACGUUGAGUAUUCGACAUCAAAAGACUUUGGUCUAAGAGAUGAUGCAAAAGGUAUUUACACUGAGAUUCGUUCUGAGCUUCCUAAUAAUGUGAAUACAAGUGUUGUGGUAGGAAAAUGGUAUGUCCCUUUCAUAUUUGUGAAGGAAGGAAAUGCAAAGGAUCAGCUUAAGAGCUCAACUUAUUACAGCAUGAUUCUUAUCCAAAAAUGGGAAGAGGUUUAUUCUUGUGAAAACGCGUAUAACGAAAACCGCCAAGUUGCUGUUAAUGUUGAAGUGGAAACAGAAGUUGUGAAGCAUGAGGGACAAGAGAUUGGGAAAAAUACAAAAAGUGUGGAUGAAAAUGGGGUUGUUUGGUUUGCGGUUGCAGACAAGAGGAUAGGUUUGAGAUCUGCGGUCAUGGAGAGAAUGAAAUGGGAAGAGGAGAGAUUCGGGUGGAAGAGCAAACCGCAAAGAGCAGUGGUUAAGAGAUCUGAGAGAUUUGAUGGAGGCGGUUCGAAUUGGAAGAGUUAUAGAUGUUAUGUGUUGGUGGAGAGCUUUGAGUUGAGGAUAAUGGAUGAGAGUUUAGUGUUGGCAUUUGAGUUUAAACAUGUUGAUAAGUUGAUAACCAAGUGGGAAUCAUGAGAGCUUCUUGUGUUUAAGCUUCCUUAUGAUUCAGAGAUCGUCUAAAGAAUAGAAUUGAAAAUAAAAA